CUGGGGACCCGGGCUUGCCGCCGGCGCAGGAUUCGGAAGAUCUCUUCCAGGACUUGAGCCGAUUCCAAGAGACUUGGCUGACAGAAGGUUCCAGACAGUGAUGAGCAAUUUGUGCCUGACUUUCAUUCAGAAAACUUAGCUUUUCACAGUCCUCCUGCUAAGAUUAAAAAGGAGCCGCAGAGUCCCUCCUCGGACCCCACGCUGUCCUGCAACCACAAGCAGCCAUUCCAGCACCGCAAUGGCGAGCAGUGCCUUUACGCCAGGUAACACGGCUUACACAGGGGAGGGACAGGAGCUGUCACGAAAUCAAGCGCUACUGCGUUACCCAAUAACGAAGGGUUCUGGCAACAAUCUGGUCUGUCUGCUGGGUAAGGGCAGCGCGCGCACGCUGCGAUGCGAACGGACCAGUGGGUCAGCUCCUGCAGCGGGGUCGCGCUGCCAGUUAUUGCACGGGGUAGCUUCACGCUUCUGUAGAGUAGAUGUGGGCUUGCCUCUUUUUUCUUCUCCUUAGCGCUGUUCCUCGGCCAUCCUGGUGCUAAGAGCAGUCUUGACAUCUGUCACGUGCGUCACUCCCCAUUGCUUUCCAAAAUCUGUCCCUCGAGGAGCUCCCUGACACCAUUGCCCACAGUCCCAGCUAUUUGCCCGAGUUAUAGAACAGCUUCCUCAGCACAGACACCUUCUCCGGUUUUCUGCUCAAAGGGUUAUUGCUAUCAUGCGUGGGGGCAACCCAUAAUCAGAAAGGAAGGAGUUUACGCUGGGAGUUUUCUGGCGUAGGUGGCUGCGCAGAGGGACAGCGUGUCUGCCUGUGGCGCGUUCUCCCCAGGUGCUGCCACAAGUCCUCCUCGGAGAACUGUAAUGCUCCAAUAUCUGUUUGACUGUCCCAGUGCCUAUGAUCAACCCAGACAAGUUGGAAUCAAGUCCCCCAACCCAGGAACCCCGAUACAGUCACCGCUCCAACAGUUCCCUAGACAGGACAGGAGCUUCCUGACCCCUGCGGGGCCACCCCACCCCACAUCCAGCUGUGGAUACCUCGACGAAAACAGCUCCGCGUACCAGCCACCCGUGGAGAUGUGCCGUUCCUUCCCCUCCUCCCAGGGCAUGGCCCAGGAAGACCCCGUUGCCUACCAGCGCCAGAUGUCCGAGCCGUGCCUCCAGUACCCUCAUCAGGGCUUCAAACAGGAGUACCACGACCCACGGUACGAGCAAGCCAGCCGGGCGGGCAGCAGCCAUCGGUACCCAGCAGCUGUGGUGAUCAAGCAGGAGCAGGUGGACUACGUGUACGACUCAGAUGUUCCCGGAUGUCCUUCCAUGUACAUAAAUGCUGAGAGCUAUCCGAGCCAUUCAAAUACAGAAGAUACAUCAGGCUGCAGCUAUGACAAGCAGAUGAGAUCCUUUACUGACGAUGUCUGUGUUGUUCCAGAAAAAUUUGAAGGAGACAUCAAGCAGGAAGCUGGAGGAUACCGGGAAGGACCUCCGUACCAGAGACGGGGAUCUCUCCAGCUCUGGCAAUUUCUUGUGGCUUUAUUGGAUGAUCCAACUAAUUCCCACUUCAUUGCCUGGACCGGUAGAGGGAUGGAGUUCAAACUCAUUGAGCCAGAAGAGGUAGCCAGGCUGUGGGGUAUCCAAAAGAACCGUCCAGCCAUGAACUAUGACAAGCUGAGCCGAUCCCUUCGCUACUAUUAUGAGAAAGGCAUCAUGCAGAAGGUGGCCGGAGAACGCUACGUGUACAAGUUUGUGUGUGAGCCCGAAGCCUUGUUCUCCCUGGCCUUCCCCGAUAACCAGCGGCCAACGCUGAAGGCAGAGUUUGACCGGCAGAUCAGUGAGGAGGACACAGUCCCUCUUUCUCACCUGGAUGAGAAUGCCACUUAUCUGCCGGACCUUGGGAACCUCCCUCCACAGCUUUACAGCAAAGGCUACACGUACUAACAGUGCUGGGAGCACACGGUGCCACCCUCGCUUGUGUAUAUAAGGAGAUGUCUGGUUAGUAUUCGAUCAGUAUAAGCGUUUUUCCAGGCCAGCCUAGGGCGGCACUAAGCUACGAAUACCUGCUUCGGUCAGGAAAAGUGUUCAGGUACACACGUGGAUAAUCAGCUGGCAAUUGGCGGGGCUCUUGUGUGCUGGUUAGAAGACCCUCGUAUUUGUCAGGCUGGGACUCGUCCUCAGCGAUGCAGACACCUUCCGAGCAGCGGAGCUGCAGCUUCAGCAGCGUGUCAGGUAACUGCUGCCUCCAGCCGGCACAGACGGGCCUGUCGCAGUCCCUCUCUUUGGUGAGGGAGGAGAGGCCAUCCUAACUGGGCUUUUUUUUCCGGAUAUGAGGAUGCUACAACGCUGCUGCUGACUCCAUUCCUCCAGUACACGUACUGAGCCUCUGUCUAACCCGCCCUCAGCAAGGGAUGGCCCUGACCCACGUGGCCGCCCCUCUGCAAGGCCAGCAUCGCCUUCUUCCCAGGAUGGCCGCAACGCAGUGGUCACAGAUCGUAUACCUUCCCUGUGAACUGCUCUGCGGGAAGGGGGAAAUACUCCUUGUCUUCUACAUGCAUGCUCCUGCCUCAUCACCUCCCCGCGCCGGGCUGUCCCGUAUUUAGGCUCGCUGAGCAGGGCAGCUGGAGGCACUGGCCAGGGUCACAGCGGUCCUGGAGCACGUGGUGCUACAGACAAUUUAGGGGAUCGACGGCUGCCUGACUGCAUUGGUCUGGGGCGCAGGUCAAAGCCAAGGUCACCUUCAGGGAAGGGGACUGCAGGAGGCAGCCAGGCCUGAGGCACCAGUUCAUCGUCGUGUUGGGGCUUUUCCGAACUGAACAACUUCUUUAACGACCAUCUUCAGGAUCUGUGAAGACCUGUCAGUCUCUUCACGGUGCCCAUCCUGGGCUUGGCUAGAAAAUCAUCUGGCGCAAGAAAAGAACCUGGUGGAGGCACGUUAAGAAAAUGCUCUACAAAGUAACCUAAACCAUACAGAGUUCUUAAUAUCUGAAUUUAGACUUAACCUCCCCCAAUAUUUGCAUGUUUGAGGGAAAUCCUGAUGUGUUGGAAAGGCAGCUAUCUCUGCAGCCCAGUGCAGCGCGUGCAGCUUAACUACGCUUUGACUGGUUUUCCAUAACAGCGACCAUCUACAAUCGGCACCACAUCCCCGUUAAGAGGCACCUCACUUUUUAAUUAGCAGCUCCGACCACAUGCCCGGUUAGACAAGGAGCAGUACAGCACAGCCAUACGGAAGCAGCCUGUUUCCUACUGCUUCAGACUGACGUUCCAGCUGCCGAAUACAGAGCAUCGCCAACGCGGUAGCCUGUAGAGGAAAUUCUGUAUGUUGAUCGAAAGCCUGAUUUCCCCCCAUGACCCUCCCCUGCAUGGCUAAUGCCGACCCUCCCAGCCUUGUCCCUGGGCACGAGGGCCAGGAAAAGCAGCUCUCGCUGCCUGAGGAGAGGCCAGGCGCCCCGAGCAGCCCGCUCUGCUGACGCCUUUGCGCGCAGCCCAGAGCCUUGGUGUUGCGGCAACUCCUGGCCCUCCCGCCUUGCCCUGCUCCCACCUGGCAAGCACACGUCCCCUGGUGUCCCAGAAGCGAGGGUGAAAGGGAACCCUUCCAUUGGUAUAAGCUGCCUUUACUAUUUAUGAGUGUAAAAAUACUAUAAUUAAUAAAUUGGUCUAUGUCUUUG